CAGCUUUCCUUCACAUGACUGCCGACGCAUGCGCAGUGGGCCGGUUGUAACUCGGAAAGCUUCAGUAAUCUGUGGAGCCGCUCGUGCCGCCGGACGGACCGACCCGUCGCCCACCGAGAAGAACCCGCAGCGAGCCGCGUCCCCCCGCUUCGCCCCGCUUCGUCCCGCCGAACGGCACCAUGAGCUUCUUCGGGUUCGGCCAGAGCGCGGACAUCGACAUAGUUCUGAGCGACGCCGAGACGAGGAAGAAAGCCGAACACAAGAGCGAAGACGGCAGGAAGGACAAAUAUUUCCUCUUCUACGACGGAGAGACGGUGUCGGGAAAAGUCAACGUGACGCUCAAGUACCCGGGAAAGCGUCUGGAGCACAACGGCGUCAAGAUCGAGUUCAUCGGCCAGAUAGAGCUGUACUACGACCGGGGAAACCACCAUGAGUUUGUGUCUCUGGUCAAAGACUUGGCCCGGCCAGGGGAGCUCACACAGUCGCAGACGUUCGACUUCGAGUUCACGCAUGUGGAGAAACCCUACGAGUCCUACACCGGGCAGAACGUCAAGCUACGCUACUUUCUGAGAGCGACAGUAAGCCGGAGAAUGAACGACAUCAGCAAAGAGCUGGACAUCGUGGUCCACACCCUCAGCACCUACCCGGAGCUCAACUCCUCCAUCAAGAUGGAAGUGGGCAUCGAGGACUGUCUGCACAUAGAGUUUGAGUACAAUAAGUCCAAGUAUCAUCUCAAAGACGUGAUUGUGGGGAAAAUCUACUUCCUGCUGGUGAGGAUCAAGAUCAAACACAUGGAGAUCGACAUCAUCAAGCGGGAGACGACCGGCACAGGACCCAACGUCUACCACGAGAACGACACCAUAGCCAAGUAUGAGAUCAUGGACGGCGCGCCGGUCAGAGGAGAGUCCAUCCCCAUCAGGCUGUUUCUGGCGGGCUACGAGAUGACGCCCACCAUGAGGGACAUCAACAAGAAGUUCUCGGUCCGCUACUACCUCAACCUGGUCCUCAUCGAUGAAGAGGAGAGACGGUAUUUCAAGCAGCAGGAGAUCACGCUGUGGAGGAAAGGCGACAUCGUGAGGAAGAGCAUGUCUCAUCAAGCCGCCAUUGCCUCCCAGCGCUUCGAAGGCUCCUCCAAUCCCGAGAGGUCCAAGAGCCAGCACGCCGAAGACGAAGACACCAGCUAGAGGCCGGCUCACACUCCUCUGGCCUGUAGUGAGUGUCUGAGCAGAGACGAAGCUCUGAAUGUGAAUACCAUCUGUUUGCAUUGAGAUAGGAUGCACUGCAGUGUUUCUCAGAUCGGGUGUGUGUUGUGUGUGUGAGAGGCUUGUGAGGACGGUGAGUGUGUGUGUGGUGAGGGAGCUAACAGUCAGACUGUAGCUCAACGUGAUUCUCAGUGUGUUAGUUUGAACCACCUUGACGGUCCAGCCGGGUGGAGUUUACCACACUGGGAACCAUCCAACGGUGUCGGCUAACUUCUCUGUCACAAAAACAAACUGCACAGAAUUGACUUGUAAGUGCUUAACCUGACUUUUGUGGCAUUUCUUCUACGACUCAGCGGGACGAACUCCAACCAUUAGAUCCACUUGAACAUCGUUUGCAUAUACUGUUGGUGUGUGUAUGAAUGUAAAACGCGUGGCCCAGAGCCGCCGCGGGUGUGUUUCUAACAUGACUUAAACGACUAACCUGGCAGAUGGAGGGUGGCGCUGUACAGAAGCUGUGGUCAUACGGUGGGUUUAUAAAGAGUGGGUCAGUACGUCUGUGUGUCGUCACAGGAUUCAGUCAUCUGAGGAUGUUUGCUGCCGUGCCCUCUGCUAAAAACUGCUUCUUAUUUACAUUUUGCCUCUUAAAGCCAGUAUGACUCUUGGAUAGCAAACAGCAGAACAAGAUUUACGAUUAAAAAAAAUCUAUAAUUAUGAGAAAAAAAAAGCGUAUUUGUACAAGACGAUGCUUAAAAUAUUUUCAUACAUUCCAAGGCUCUCAUCAGAAACAAGGCAUGACUAUAGAGUAUUUAUUUUUUAAAACAGAAGUCCAUUUUUAAACUAGCGUUUUACAUGUUUGAUGCGUCGGCUGUGGCUCGCUGUCAGGUGUCGCCACUGCUGCUAGAACAAACGUGGUACCUGUAAGACUUCUCUUCCAUCGCCUGGUUGGCUGAAGCCCUGCUCUGCUAUUUGCACUAUGAUCUCUUUCUGCUUUUUACCUGUUCAGCGCUGUUUUAUGGGCUCGCUGGAGUCAUGGCAGGAUUCACGAGCAGAGUGUCGGUCAGACUCCAUGGUCCCCGGGCAUCACUUCAGAUCAAGACAGUAUUACAUGGAGGCCAGGUAGAUGCUUGUGAGUCCUGCCUGGUAGCGGUGUGCAGGCUGCUGGGCCCGGCUGCCCCCUUUGGUUAGUUAGCUUUGUGCCUAUAAGGGUUUAGUGCCAAAAUGUUUCAGUGCAAUACUAGAGAGCAGUUGCCACAAUGCCCCGCUGUCCCCUCUCUUCCCAUCUACACUGUGCUCAGACCCAUUCGUCUCUUCAUGAAGAGGACAACUGGGUUUUAGGGUGAAGACAGUUUUAGAUCAUUUCUGAUUAUUGUGAUUGUAGAAGAAAGAUAACUGUUAAGUUGAUCAUAUACAGUCCCAGAUUUUAUUCUAGAAAGCACUCAGAUUUUUCUCCUUUAGUUUUCGGAGUAGACGUUGAGUUUCUUUGCCAUCACUGCUGUUUGUUUGGUUCCCUUCUCCACACUUCCAGACCAGUGAGUGCGUAGCGUGAAGCCCUGAACCGACCCCCAGCGCUCAGCCUGCCUGCCCGGCUGGACGCUUUCUGCUUGCCGAGCUUAUGCUGUGCAGCUUUUGCAGAACAAAUGGCUGUGUGUGGUAUUUUUGUUAACAUGCUUGUGUUUUAAACUUUCCCUGGCGGUGAGCUCAGGGUUUUGGUGUGCUGUUGUUUCACUAAAGCAGCCCGACCGCUGUCACCACGGUAACUGCUGAAACAGGAGCAGUCUCCGGGCUGAGGGGCGUUGAUUUGAGCCAACGGGACGCUUUGCUUAGAUUUCUGUAGCUGGACUAAUCAGGUGUGUGUUCCUUCUUCUUUCUCAUGGUCGUCCAUGGUUGUAGAUGUUACUGCUUGGUGAGCCGCAGAAGUCUCCACUGAAGCUUCACAUGAACGGACUGUGUGAUGAUGAUGAGGAGGGGCGCUGACAGAUGAAGGUGUGAAGGUGUGACGGUGUGACGGUACCCACUGGGCUGCUGAUCUGGUCUUUACUGUGUGUUCAGACAGAAGAUGGUGAGUCUGCUUACAGACUGAAGGCAUGAGGAACACACAGCUGUCAUGUGGCUCCUUCCUGAACACUGACAGUGUUUUAACUUGAUGAUCUUUAUUAACAAGGACGAGAGACGGCAAGAUGUGAAUAACACAAUGAAACGGGCUCAUGCAGCUGUUAGGGGUUGAGCCUAAACAUAAACACGUUGCUAGUUAGCCUCCAGCUAUCCUACAGUCUGUACGUUGGCUGUUCCAUCGUCUACACACCGCUUUAUCCUCUGUAGGGUGGUGGGGGGCUGGAGUCCUUCCCAGCUGACUCAGGGUGAAGCCAGGGGGCAGACAGAACCAAGCCAUUCACACCAGUGGCCAAUUUAAAGUCACCAGUUAACCUAAACAUGUCUUUGGUCUGGGGGAGGAAGCCUGAGAACCCGGUCAGAACCCACACAGGCAGAACACAGACGGACUCCAGCUGAAAUCUGAACCCAUCCAGCUGUGAGAAGACGGCGCUCUCCACCCUUUGCUUUCUGUCUGAACACACCUCGACUAGUAAUAAGGUUCAGCCCCUACUGACUCCAAAAGUCCACAUCCACACGAAACGCUGUGCUCCUAUUGGCUGCUGGAAUACACGAUCUUCUGCACAUGAUGGUGCACACAGUUUUUAACAGUAGUGUUUGCAAGAAAAGGGUUGAAUAAAAUAGAGAUGUGGGUGAUGAAUUAAAUGCUCGUUGUGUCUCCUCUUCUCUGGCCUCACUUCCCACCUUCAUCAUUCUCACACAGUCCCUGAAGCGUUCUGAUUCUUUCUCUACAUCAUUCGGUUCAGUUUGGGAAUCCCACAGCAGCUUUGCAGUAUCCAUGUUUUCCAGUUUUGUCUUUGUGAUUCAACCUUUUGCCGGGGCUGGUACAGACGAUAACUAAACUAACCCAGUUUGUAAUAAAGAGUAAACUGAGAUUAAAAUAAGAGAGUUAUGAAAUGUACAGUAUAAAUGCACAAUGUAAAUGCAAACCCUCUUCCUUUUUGUUCAUGUCAUAUUUCCUUUCUGUCUAUAAAUCUUGAUUUGAUCCUUUUAUAUUCCUGUUUUUCUUUGAAUUAAAAGGGAGUAACUGAA